AUGAACAACCUCCUCACGGAUUCCUUUGAGCUCCCUCGGCGGGACUCCUCAAGAGAUGCGGACAUUGAAAUGGGAAUGCAUCAGGCUGAUGCUUCAGACAACUUAAAAGAUUUCUUGAAGAAGGUUGAUGCAAUUGAGAGUUUAAUUGCAAAGCUGACAAAUCUAUUGAAUAAGCUCCAGACUGCAAAUGAGGAAUCCAAAGCAGUUACAAAAGCAAGUUCCAUGAAAGCAAUUAAGCAGCGGAUGGAGAAAGAUAUUGAUGAAGUGGGGAAAAUUGCUCGUCAGGCAAAGACAAAAGUUGAUGAACUGGAAAAAGAUAACUUAUCGAAUAGGCAAAAACCUGGAUGUGGAAAGGGUUCUGCCGUGGAUCGAUCGAGAGAGCAAACUACUGGAGCAGUGAAAAAGAAAUUGAAGGAGCGGAUGGAUGAUUUUCAGACCUUGAGAGAAGCAAUCAGGCAAGAGUAUCGGGAGGUUGUUGAAAGAAGGGUUUUUACUGUAACUGGUAGUCGUCCUGAUGAAGAGACAAUUGAUGACUUGAUAGAGACCGGAAAAAGUGAGCAAAUAUUCAAAGAUGCUAUCCAACAUCAGGGAAGAGGCCAGAUACUGGACACAGUUGCUGAAAUACAGGAGCGACAUGAUGCUGUAAGGGAUCUAGAGAGGAAGCUUUUGGAGUUGCAACAGAUAUUCAUGGACAUGGCAGUUCUUGUUGAGGCUCAAGGAGACAUGAUCAACAACAUCGAGACACAUGUCUCGAACGCCACCAAUCACAUACAGCAAGGUGUGACCGCACUCCAGAACGCGAAGAAACUGCAGAAGAACUCGAGGAAGUGGAUGUGCUACGCCAUCAUCCUACUGCUGGUGAUAGUGGUGGUCAUUGUCGUCGCAGUCAUCCAGCCAUGGAAGAAAGGCUAG